AUGCGAGCUAUUCAAAGAUUUUGGGUGUGCUUCACUGCUUGUGUAAUCACUUUGUACUUGAUGUGCGUGGUUGAUGUAAGUACGGGUUAUAAGAUAAACAAUAAAUGAAAGAUUACAGAAUGAUCAAAUACGGUACCCAUCUUACGAAAAUGGAAAGCUGUUUGGGUUUCGAAACAAUGAUGUGAUUCAUACAAAAAUGCACAAUAAUGAGUACUGCAUCGCUUAUGACUUUUUGGAAUCGACCGAAUCGUGAGUUCCAAAAUGAACUUGAGAGAGAGGGAUUCGAAAACUGAUGUGAAGGUUCUCUAGGCCACUUCUAAAGUAUUUAGACAAUCGUUCUCAAUUUCUAGGUUGCGAUUGUAAAUUUCCAGUUGUAAAUUUCCAGUUUUCGAGAAGACGGCCUUGAGCCAAUAACCUUGGCAACUCAUGGAACAUCCGAUAUGAUCAAAGAAAUGGAAAGCAAACCGUCAAACUGGGACGGUCCGAUUUCAGUAGGCGUAUUCCUUGAUUUUCAUUCCCGCGACGCAUUGGAAUACCUUUCCGAUGUUCACCGAUGCGACAAAGAGUUCAGGAAAAAGGUAGAUAGCCUUUUUCCAUGUUUCAUCAAUGAAAACGUUUUUUUUUCAGGUCUCCGUUCACUUUGCUUUCCGUUUAUCAGCUUUUCAAAAUGAAUGCCCAUCUAUUCGGCUCAAGAAACGAAAUAUUACUUGUGAAGAAUUUGAGAAGAAAAGUGAACAGUUAGAAUUUGUAUUCUGAAACGAAAAUAUCUUUUAGGAUCCCAGAUGCGAAAGACAAUUACAGCACCUUUCCAACUCUACCCAAGUAAUUUAAUGAGAAAUAUUGCAAGACACGGCGCAAAAUCUGAAAUACACUUUUUGGCGGAUGCAGAUAUGGAGUUCAGCGAAGGAUUUGCCACAAGAGUGAAGAAAAUUGCAAAUGAGAUGGUUGACGGGAGGAAUAAGAAUGUUUUGGUUGUUCGGUAAGCAUCUAAAGAGAUUUUCGAGAAUUUAAUCUGGUUUUCAGACGAUUCGAGUACGAAAACAUUACGGAACUACCAGAAAAUCAUGUAGAAUUGAAGCAAAUGAUGGAUAGAAAGCAGUGAGUGAAGAGUUCAAAAAACAAAGAAACAUUUCAAAUUUUCAGAAUCUUCGAAUUCCAUCAUAAAUUCUUCUUCUCUGGUCAUCAAAUCAAGAACAUUUCUUACUGGUUCAAUGUGUCUGAUAGUCAUAAGGAAGUUGUCGCUUGGCAAAUUCCAUAUGCGUAAGCACCAGCUAAAUGUGUUUCAAUUACAAGUAUUGAACAACUUCAGUAGCAAUCUAUGGGAGGUUCAAGUAAUUUUGCAUCGAAAUGACCUCUACAAUGCUGAUUAUUUUCCUGCCAGAAUCAAGGUCAUGCAAUCAUUGGUAUGUUUUCCUGUUUCCCCUCAGUAAACUCAGCAAAAAAGUUGAUAUUGCAGAUCUACAGUCUAUGCCGUGCAAAUUACACAUUUCACUUAUUAUCUCAUGUGUUUGACCUUCAUGAAGGCGUAAAAUUGGCUGAUACGGACUAUUCCAAAGCUGUGAUAGCUCAUGGAAGAAAGUUUGGGCGCAGCAAGUAAGUAAAACUGGCUGGAAAUCACUGAACUUUUUCAAUUUCAGAGCCCACAACCGAUUCAGAAAAGAAACAGAUGAAUUGUAUCCGAAAACUGAAAAAAGAUGCGAGAAAUUCGUGAUGUAG